UGGCUAGAGAGUUUUAGGACCCAGGACUCCUGGGUUCCAGAGACGAUCCCCUGUCCCCAGCCACGAGUAGGGAGGAGGGUGCUGGUGCAAGGAAGUCCCCGUUGUCUGGUUGGGUGGGUGGCCCCACCCCAUCCCCCUGUCAAGCUGGAGUCCCUGAAGCGCUGGAAUGAGGAGAGGGUGGUGUGGUGUGAGAAGGGGGUUCAGAUCCUCCUCACCACCGUCGGGGCCUUCGCAGCCUUCGGCCUCAUGACCAUCGCCAUCGGCACCGACUACUGGCUCUACGCCCGCGCCUUCAUCUGUAACACCACCAACAUCUCCAGCGAGGAGAUGCCCCACAAGGACAAGAAGGACCCAGGGGGCCUCACCCACUCUGGCCUCUGGAGGAUAUGCUGCCUGGAAGGCCUGAAGAGGGGUGUGUGCGUGAAAAUUAACCACUUCCCCGAGGACACAGAUUACGACCACGACAGCGCAGAGUAUCUCCUGCGUGUGGUCCGCGCCUCCAGCAUCUUCCCGAUCCUCAGCGCCAUCCUGCUGCUGCUGGGGGGGUUCUGCGUGGCCGCCAGCCGGGUCUACAAGUCCAAGCGCAACAUCAUCCUGGGCGCCGGGAUCCUAUUCGUCGCUGCUG